CUCUCAGUAUCUCUCUCUCUCUCAGUAUCUCUCUCUCUCUCUCAGUAUCUCUCUCUCUCUCAGUAUCUCUCUCUCUCUCAGUAUCUCUCUCUCUCUCUGUAAGGGCCGUUGAAGAAUGUUUUUCUGGGUAUGAAGAGUGUGCAGCCCUCUUCUCCUCAGAGGGGGUGGUCCUGAAUCACAUGCUGCACAUUGGCUCUCUGGGAAGUGUAGUCUAUGGCUUUGGCACUGUGCUGCAGCAUUUCUCUGUCUAUUAUCACCCUCUUCUUGGCCAGCCACCCAGCUGGAGAAUAAAGGGAAAAGAAACAUCUUCCAGACAACACACUGCUGUCGGAGAAUGUAUAGUGUUCCUUGUGUGUGAAAUAGUUAGCUUUGUUAUGUUUUGAUUUCUUUGGACAGAUUCAAUGGUGAACCACUGUUUCAAGAUGGCUGCCAGUGCAACUGCCCCCAGACCGCUGGCUCAGAGACACUCACUGGAUCCAAAAUGUCCGGUUUAGUCGCCACAACGCCUAAGAAAGUUUGGGACUGCAUUUCGAAAGUGUGGACACUGUUUUGUUAUCCCCCUCUUUUGUGGCAUUGAUAUCAAUGGGCUGGUGUGUUGGGCUAGCUUCCUCUCAUUCUGUAGGCAGCUGCUUUUCUGGUCCUUAUUUGUUUAAGUUUUGGAGAGCGCCCUUCCGGGCACGAGCGAGGAAAAUAACUCUCCUACCCACGCUCCCCUAUAGGAAAAUGUUAAGCUUUGUGUUUAAAUGAUGUAAACUGAUCCUAUGAAGAUUGUAGUUUAUAACAUCCUUUACAGGUCAGUGGUGGAAGGAAGACCUGGACAUUAAUGAUGUAUCUAAGAUGUGGGUUGUAUAGGUCUGUCUCCAUGGACCCCCUUCGAAGAUCUCCUCUUCUUUUUUUAACUGAAUAACAUGUACUGACUCUUCCAAAAGACCUUUUCUGUAAUCUAAUAUCAUUUUGUCAAUUAAAUAUAGAGAAUGUUUUAACAAGUUUACUUCAGUUAGUGGUUUUGUGCGGUGGUCUAAUCUGAAAAGCAUAUGGUAUUUUGCACUACUCAAUUGGCUUCAACAGCUGAAAUAGCACCGUAAUAACCUCAAAUAGGUCAAACAUAUGAUAUCCUUUGGGAACUUUCCUCUGGGAAAUCUGAUGUGUUGACUUGCGGUCUCUAAAGCCUUGUUCACAUUUGGUAUUUUGAUGUGACUCAAAUCCUUUUUCCUGCAGUCAACAGCCAAAAAGCACAUGGAAUCAGAUAUUUCAUGCCACAUUUAAAACCACCUUUGUAGGUUUUUAGACAGUUUGGUAUAUCGUGUUGCUUGCUAGCUACUCUGUUGACAAUUUUGACAAGAACAUGUGUUAGUUAACUAGCUUGUUAAUUGUUUACAAUCAAAUUAUGGAAUGUGCUGAAGGCUAGAGGGAGAUAUAAACAUUUUGCUUUCACCUUUCUGAUCCUUCCAUAUCUAUGAAGGCCAGGGGCCAUUCUGAUGUUUUCGAGAGGUGUCAAUUUUAGACUGCGCCUUACUCCCUCUCUCCCUUUUCUACUGUGCUGCUCCCUUGUGUCUUGUUCUUUAGAUAACAGGUGCUGCUCUGGCCUCCAUGACACAGUCUGAAUACAUCAGUCACAGAUUGGGCUCUCACUCUCAGCCUGAGGUAUUAGGGAGUUAGUGGAUAAAGGCAUUACUGUCUGAAAGGUGCUGAGCCAGGUGUGUGUGAGAGAUACGGGUAAAGCGCUCGGGUCAGGAGGAGGAUCUUGUGUCCUCUGUCCUGCUGCUGGCACGGCUCUCCUUUUCCUUUCUCUCCCGCUGUUCAUCAUUCCUCUCAUCAUUCCUCUCUAAUCCUCCCCUUUUACUGUUUCACUCCCUCUUUCUCCUCUAUCACCUUUUACUCACACUUCAACAUAUUCUUCGUAAUCUCUUUAUCUCACACUAUCCCUCCUUGCCCCCCGCUCUCCUUCACCAUGCUCUCCCUCUGAGUGUCCUCGCUGUCGGCGACAGCCUCUCUCCCUCCGUUGCCAUGGAUUUGGGCAGCCUGACCACGGUGGUUGCCAACUCUGCCUACAUAAGCGCCCGCGGCAGCUUCGAUGGCUCCAACCCGGCAGCCUCGCGUGACAAGAAGUACCACGCCCGCCUCAAGCUGCCCCAUAUCACCGUGUGUGAGGGCCUCCAGGAAACCCUGGACCUAACCUUUCAGUCAGUCUGCGUGGAGCAGCCCAUCGGCAAACGUCUGUUCCGCGAGUUCCUGGAGACUGCGCCCGAAUACCACGGUCCUUGCCACUUGUGGCGGGACAUCGAAGAGUACGACUUAGCCGAAGACACAGACCGGGCCCAGAAGGCAUCUAGGAUUGUCCAGCGUUACCUGGAAUCCUCUGCUAAGCUCUACUGCCCCUUCCUGACCCCGGAGACCGUGACCCAGGUGAAGGAGGCACAGCAGGGUGCUGGGGACACCCUCUUUUCCCAGACACUGGUCUCGGUGCUGGGCUACCUCCAGGAAGUUCCCUACACCUUCUUCCUGGAGAGCAUGUACCUGAAGAGGUUCCUGCAGUGGAAGUGGCUGGAGAUGCAGCCCAUGGAUCAAGACUGGUUCCAGGACUUCCGUGUGCUUGGGAAGGGGGGUUUCGGAGAGGUGUCUGCCUGCCAGAUGAAGGCCACUGGGAAACUGUAUGCCUGCAAGAAGCUCAACAAGAAGAGGCUGAAGAAGAGGAAAGGCUAUGAGGGGGCGAUGGUGGAGAAGAGGAUUCUUGCCAGGGUUCAUAGUCGCUUCAUCGUGUCACUGGCCUACGCUUUCCAGACCAAGGAUGAGCUUUGCCUGGUUAUGACCAUCAUGAAUGGAGGAGACCUGAAGUACCACAUCUAUCUGGUGGAUGAGAACAACCCAGGGUUUGAGGAGCCCAGAGCCUGUUUCUACGCAGCUCAGAUCAUCCAGGGCAUGGAGCACCUCCACCAGAAGAGAAUCAUCUACAGAGACCUCAAACCUGAGAACGUGCUGCUGGACAAUGAAGGUAACGUGCGUAUCUCUGACCUGGGUCUGGCAGUGGAACUGAAGGAAAACCAGACAAAGAUCAAAGGCUAUGCCGGAACUCCAGGGUUUAUGGCCCCAGAGCUCCUGAAGGGGGAGAAGUAUGACACCUCAGUGGACUAUUUCACCCUAGGGGUCACACUGUUUGAGUUUAUGGCCGCCAAGAACCCCUUCAGGGAACGCGGAGAGAAGGUUGAGAAGGAGGCACUAAAGGAGCGCAUCAUGACCGGGACAGUGGUCUACCCAGAGACAUUCAGUGAGAACGCCAAGUCCAUCUGCUCUGCGCUGCUGGAGAAACAGGUGGACAAGAGACUAGGUUUCAAGGACGGGACCUGUGACGAGAUCAGGACACACCCCUUCUUCAGCACCAUCCACUGGACAAGACUGGAUGCAGGCAUCCUGCCCCCCCCGUUUGUCCCUGACUCCAAGGUGGUCUACGCCAAGGACCUGGAUGACGUGGGGGAGUUCUCCUCGGUGAAGGGAGUGGGGCUGGACGACCCAGACCGCGUGUUCUUUGACGAGUUCUCCUCUGGGAACAUUGCCAUCCCCUGGCAGGAGGAGAUGAUUGAGACGGGGAUCUAUGGUGAGCUCAAUGUGUGGGGACCCGCAGGCACCAUACCCAACGACCUGCGCAGAGAGUCCAUCUUGGAACAGCCCAAGUCAUCCACCUGCUGCUUGGCGUGAUUGUCUCUUUGGAAACGGAGGACGAAGAAGGGAGCUCAGACGUUCCGGAUCAGACCAACCGUAGCUCGUUGAAGUUGUGUUUAGUACACGCGGAAGUGCUGCCAACUGAAUAUUGUUUUGAACGCUUUAUGUUUAGAGUAGAACAAUGAGAGAAACUGUAAAAAAUAAGAAAUAAACAUACACCUCAAAGGGCAUUGAUGGGAAAAUGCGUCGCCAUCGUGACAACACCUGGACCCAGACAAACACUCAACACAGUCCAGAACAGCAAAUCAGGUUCUACACAAUAACGUUGCCAUGGAGAUGGAACUCCUGAGUGGCAUGGCAUUCUGACUGUUCAUUGGUUGAGAUUGAGAGAGUGUUCCGCUGCUCUUAGAGUGAAACUGUUAGAUGGACUUUGGACCUUUGUACUUCAGUUGCGCCCAGCAAUAGAUAUUCUGUAUUCUCAAAGCAUACUGACAGAUCAUUUAGCAGCAUCAAGAUAUAAGUGUGUGUGAGUGAGCGAAAACGAGAUGUUCUGAUUCUGCUCACUACAACACUAGUGAAAUGUGCUAAGAAACAUGAAAUCUUGCAGUUCUCUAAAUAUGUCGAUAUACACUGAAUCUACCAAACAUCAGGAACACCUUCCCAAUAUUGAGUCCCCCCCCCCUGCCCUCAGAACAGCCCCAAUUGAUCGGGCAUGAACUCUACAAGGUGUCACAGGGAUCCACAGGGAUGCUGACCCAUGUUGACUCCAAUGCUUCACACAUUUGUGUCCAGUAGGCUGGAUGUCCUUUGGGUAGGGAACCAUUCUUAUUACAUACGGGAAAAUGUUGAGCGUGAAAAACCCAGCAGCGUUGCAGUUCUUGACACCAACUGGUGCGCCUGGCACCUACUACCAUACCCUGUUCAAAGGCACUUAAAUUUUUU